UUUAGUAAAGAACAAUGGUAAUAGCGUGAUAUACAUUAAAAUCGCAAAUGCCAAACAUGGAUGUCUCGUCGAAUUUAACCUCUCCGCGCAAAUUGAAUCUUUUUUUUUUUUUUGGUGUUUAGAGAGCCACUAGGACGGGGUGUGAGAUUCGAUUCAGGAUCUCCUGAAAUCGGAAGAGAAGGGAGAAAGUUUUAACCACUUGAGCUAUCUUUCACUCUUAAAUUAAAUCAUUUUUCCUAGAAAUUAUUUUUGUAAUUUUUUUUUUUGUUCAAAUUUGUUUUAGGUGUCCAUAUUUUCUGGUACCCUAACAAUAAUUAACUAGUACGGAGUACUAUGUGACAGUGUGUCCCGUUUUCUCUUUGACUGUUUUCCCCAUAGCCCGCUCUUUCCUCCUCUUUCCAAAACACUAUAAAUUCCAUCUUUCAAGCUCUCUUUCCUCCACUCUCUAUAACAAACUGACAAAACCCCAUUUAUUUAACCUCUCUAUUUCUCUAAUUUAUUCUUUGAAGAAGAAUUAACCAUUGAAUUGAACAUGGCUAUUUCACCAAUCUCAUAUUUUCUCUCUUCUUUCGAAGACCCAUCUCUUAAUUUUCUUCAAAGUCCAAUCUUUUUGCGAGAUUCCUCUGUUUUCUUACAUUUAAUCCUAUUAUUUGGUCUAAUUCUUUCAUGGGUUUACAAAUUAUUCCGAAGAAGUGGCGAUGAGCACUCCAAAGAUAGAAACUUUUGGUAUUAUAAACCUGUUUUCUUCCCUUCUUUAGCUCUUUCUUUAUUCAAUCUAGCAUUAUUUUGCUUAAAUUGCUUUUAUUGGUAUAGAAAUGGCUGGUCAGAUGAAAAACUAGCUACCCUUUUGGAUUUAGCAUUGAAGGUGUUUGUUUGGUUGUUAGUUUCUAUUUACUUGCAUAAGCAAUUUAGCUACCGCUUUAAUGGUGUAAAACUUCCUGUUCUAUUGAGGGUUUGGUGGGGUUUUUAUCUUGUUAUUUCUUGUUAUUGCCUUAUUGUAGACAUUAUCCAAUUUAGAAGAACUCAAAGUUUGCCAAUUCAAGUUUUGGUAUGUGAUGUAGUAUAUGUUAUAUCAGGAAUCUUGCUUUGUUGUGUUGGGGUUUUCGGGAGGUUUACUAGUGAGGAGAGUGAUCUUCAAGAGCCUUUUUUGAAUGGUAAUGGCAGGGUUGACUCAAGUAAGAGCGAAGGGAGUGAAGCAAUUAGUCCUUAUUUGAAUGUUGGGUUGUUUAGUAAUCUAACUUUUACUUGGGUAGGCUCUUUAAUCUCCAAAGGUUAUAAUAAAACUUUGGACCUUGAGGAUGUUCCUUCCCUUUCGGGUAAAGAUGAUGUUAGUGAAUCCCAUAUGAUUUUUAGAAAUUGUAUGGAGUCUUUUAGAGAUGGUAGUGAUAAGAAGGUGACAACUAUGAUGCUUGUGAAAUCUUUGAUCUUAACAUCAUGGGUUGAUAUUGUUUUGACGGCUUUCCUUUGCCUCAUUAAUACAUUAGCGUCUUAUGUUGGUCCGUACCUUAUUGAUACCUUCGUCCAAUACCUUAAUGGGAGAAGGGAAUACAAAAACCAAGGCUAUGUACUAGUUUCUGCAUUCUUCUUCGCGAAGGUUGUGGAAUGCCUUUCUCAAAGGCAUUGGUUCUUUAGACUUCAAGUAGUUGGGAUUAGGGCAAAAGCUGUGCUUAUAGAGAGUAUCUAUAAUAAGGCAUUGACCCUCUCUUGUCGAUCGAAGCAAGGUCAUACAAGUGGGGAGAUGAUCAAUUUCAUGUCUGUAGAUGCAGAGAGAAUUGGUAAUUUUAGUUGGUACAUGCAUGAUCCAUGGAUGGUCAUAUUGCAAGUUGCAUUGGCCUUGUUGAUCUUGUAUAAAAGUCUAGGGUUGGCAUCACUAGCUGCACUUGCUGCAACCGUUUUCAUCAUGUUAGCCAAUUAUCCUUUGUCAACUUUGCUUGAGAAGUAUCAGGAAAAGCUAAUGGAAGCCAAGGAUAAGAGAAUGAAGGCGACAUCUGAGAUAUUGAAGAACAUGAGAAUUCUGAAGCUUCAAGCAUGGGAAAUGAAAUUCUUGUCUAAGAUUGUUGACUUAAGAAAUAAUGAAAAUGUUUGGUUGAAGAAAUUUUUUAGUAUUUCAGCUGCAACAGUUUUUGUUUUCUGGGGUGCUCCAACAUUUGUGUCAGUUAUUACUUUUGGGACAUGUAUGAUCAUGGGUAUCCCUCUUGAAUCUGGUAAGGUUUUAACUGCACUUGCAACAUUUAGGAUUCUUCAGGAACCCAUUUACAAUCUGCCAGACACAAUCUCUAUGAUCAUACAAACAAAAGUUUCCCUUGAUAGAAUUGCCUCUUUCCUUUGUCUUGAUGACUUAGAACCCGAUACUAUAGAGAAAAUUCCUAGAGCUACUUCUGAAGUUGCUGUUGAGAUAAAUGAUGGAAAUUUUAGCUGGGAUCCAUUGGCUCCAAGCCCUACAUUAAAAAACAUCAAUCUUAGAGUUAAACAUGGUAUCAGGGUGGCAGUUUGCGGUACAGUUGGUUCUGGAAAGUCUACUCUACUUUCUUGCAUUUUAGGAGAAGUUUCAAAGAUCUCUGGAGGUUUAAGAUUGAGUGGAUCCAAGGCUUAUGUCCCACAAUCCCCUUGGAUUCAGAGUGGCAAGAUAGUCGAUAAUAUAUUAUUUGGCCAGAAAAUGGAUCAUGAAAAGUAUGACAGGGUAUUAGAGGCAUGUUCCUUGAAGAAGGAUCUUGAAAUAUUGUCUUUUGGAGAUCAGACAAUUAUUGGUGAGAGGGGUAUCAAUUUGAGUGGUGGUCAGAAGCAGAGGAUUCAACUCGCUCGUGCUUUAUACCAAGAUGCUGACAUAUAUCUGUUUGAUGAUCCUUUUAGUGCUGUUGAUGCUCACACUGGCAGUCAUCUCUUCAAGGAAUGCCUGCUUGGCCUUUUAGAAUCCAAGACUGUGAUAUAUGUAACACACCAAGUUGAGUUCUUGCCUGCUGCAGAUUUAAUUUUGGUCAUGAAAGAAGGGAGUAUAUUGCAAGCAGGAAAGUACAAUGAUAUUCUUGCUUCAGGAACAGACUUCAUGGAACUUGUAGGAGCGCACGAACAAGCCUUAUCUACACUUGAUUCAGUUGAGCCUGGGGUUUCAAAGCCAAAAGUUGAUGAAGAAUGCAGUGAUCAGAAAGCCUUAGAGGAGAGCAAUAAGAUUGAAAAAAAUGAUGAUAUGUCAGGGCUUAAGGCACAACUUGUUCAAGAUGAAGAAAGAGAGAAAGGUAGAGUGGGACUCUCAGUCUAUUGGAACUAUCUCACCACAGCAUAUGGAGGAGCUUUGGUACCCUUGAUAUUGUUAGCUCAAAUACUUUUCCAGACUCUUCAAAUUUUAAGCAAUUAUUGGAUGGCUUGGGCAACUCCUGUCUCUUCUGAUGCUGAACCCACAGUCAAUGCGAAAACUUUAAUACUUGUCUAUGUUGCUUUGGCCAUUGGAAGCUCCUUUUGUAUCCUAGCAAGGGCAAGUCUCCUCUAUACUGUUGCGUACAAGACAGCUACUUCACUAUUUAGUAAGAUGCACUCGUGCAUAUUCCGUGCCCCCAUGUCAUUUUUUGAUGCUACCCCAAGUGGGCGGAUUUUAAAUCGGGCAUCUACAGAUCAAAGUGCUGUAGAUUUGAACAUUCCAUCUCAAAUUGGGUCUUUUGCAUUCUCGUUCAUACAACUUCUGGGAAUUAUUGUGGUGAUGUCACAAGUUGCAUGGCAAGUUUUCGUGAUUUUCAUCCCUGUCAUUGCAAUCUCUUUAUGGUAUCAGCAAUAUUACAUACCCUCAGCACGAGAACUUUGUCGAUUGGUUGGGGUAACUAAAGCUCCUGUGAUACAACAUUUUGCCGAGACUAUAUCUGGAGCAACAACUAUUCGGAGCUUUGAUCAAGAACCUAGGUUCUGUGCUACAAGCAUACAGCUAGUAAAUGGAUACUCAAGACCAAAAUUUUACAGUGCUGCUGCAAUGGAAUGGCUUUGCUUUCGCUUGGACAUGCUAUCUUCAAUCACAUUUGCCGCCUCUUUGAUCUUUUUGAUCUCCAUUCCUGUAGGAUUAAUUGAUCCUGGAAUUGCUGGUUUAUCUGUGACAUAUGGGCUUAAUCUGAACAUGCUACAAGGCUGGCUGAUAUGGAAUUUGUGUAAUAUGGAGAAUAAAAUCAUCUCAGUUGAGAGGAUCUUUCAGUAUACUUGUAUCCCAAGCGAACCCCCACUUGUUAUAGAAGAAAAUAGGCCAGACUCAUCUUGGCCGUCUUUUGGAGAGGUCAAUGUUCAAGACCUUCAGAUUCGUUAUGCUCCACACAUGCCACUUGUGUUAAGAGGUAUUACUUGUACUUUCCAUGGAGGGAAGAAGACUGGCAUUGUAGGGAGGACAGGAAGUGGUAAAUCAACCCUCAUACAGGCACUUUUUCGAAUCGUUGAACCUGCAGCCGGGCAGAUCAUGUUAGAUGGUAUCAACAUAUCUUCCAUUGGACUGCAUGAUUUACGGACCAGAUUAAGUAUAAUCCCACAAGAUCCCACCAUGUUUGAAGGAACUGUCCGAAGCAACCUGGAUCCUCUUGAAGAAUACUCUGAUGAACAGAUUUGGGAGGCCCUUGAUAAAUGCCAACUUGGAGAUGAAGUUAGAAAGAAAGAAGGAAAGCUCGAUUCAAUAGUUACGGAGAAUGGUGAGAAUUGGAGUAUGGGGCAGAGGCAGCUAGUUUGUUUAGGCCGCGUGCUUCUUAAGAGAAGCAAAGUACUGAUUCUAGAUGAGGCAACUGCAUCAGUCGAUACAGCAACAGACAACUUGAUUCAGCAAACACUAAGGGAACAUUUCUCAGAUUCGACAGUAAUUAUCAUAGCACACCGGAUUACAUCAGUUAUUGAUAGUGAUAUGGUGGUGCUUCUAAGCCAUGGACUUGUAGAGGAAUGCAAUUCUCCUAUGCAGUUGCUAGAAAACAAGUCAUCGUCGUUUGCUAAACUCGUUGCAGAGUAUACAACAAGAUCUAUAUCAAAUUCAGAGAAUGCAACAUAACACUACACCAUAGUGAAGUCCAAAGAACUCAACUAUAUCUUCCUGGAUGAUGGCGAAAAUCAUUACAAUAAAAUUUUGGAUAAAGUGCUAGCAAUACAAAAUACAAUUAGUGUAAGUGGUGGUGUACUGGUGUUGGUGCUAUUGUUGAACCUGUAGUUGAUUAAUGAUGGUAAUUGUCAGACAUGCAUGUAAGAGCAAAGCUUUUCAUGGUAAUAGCAAAAAUAUUUAUUUUUGUGUCAAAAAAAAAAAAAAA